CCCACAGUUGUCUCGUAGCAGCACUAUUCUUUUAAACGCAGACACCAUCCACUUGACGAACACAGUAGCACUUCCGUCGUCAGACGGACUGUUUACCCAUCUAGACCAAAACAUCCGACCAAGCUAGCCGUUUGAGUCUCGUUGCAUUUGUGUUCGUGCAGACAUGGCGGAGACAGCUGAUCACAUCCGGGACAAACUGAUCGAGGAGCUCGCGGCAGUGCACGUGGACGUGGAGGAUACGUCGCCUAACAGAUGUGCCGCCAGCUUCAAAGUCCUGGUGGUGUCAUCCCAGUUCGAGGGCAAACCACUGCUACAAAGACACAGAAUGGUGAAUACGUGCCUGGCUGAGGAGCUGAAAGAGAUCCACGCUUUAGAACAGAAGACCCUCACACCAGAACAGUGGGAGAAACAGAAGUCCCAAUGACACACACACUCACACACACACACCACUUAAUAAUUACAAUUAUAAACAAGCCUUAUACUUAUAUAGGAAAAAUGCAGAUCAGCACUGUCUUUAAUUUUCAGUGAAUCUGUAAUAUGGAUUUACAUCUAUUGGAAUGUUGCUGCUGGCAAUAAAACACACAAAUGCUG